GGGGGCGGGCUCGGGGGCGGGGGCGAGCGAGGAGGGAGGGCGACUGGUCGGGGCCCGGCCCUUAGGAAAGCCCCCUGGGCGCGGGGUAGGCUGCCCUACGAGCUCCGUGGCGGCCAUAAGCUGAGAGGAGUUGGGCCGGAGGAGGGUGCUGGGGCCAGGCCGCGGGUGGCCCAGGGUGGCCCCUGACCAGAGAGAGUCGAGCCCCCAGGAGGGAGGUUGUCCCCCGCCACAGGCCGGGUGACCCCAUGUCAGCCGUGGGCUCCCAACCCGACAGGCGGCCGGGCUCCUGUCCCCAGGCCCCGCACCCCGCCCGGGGACAGCAAGAUCAACCUGCCUGAGCUUGGUGCUGGCGGUAGCCCAGUGAGUGUAGCAGCCCUCCAUGCAGCCGCCCCAGAAGAUGGAAGAGAAAAAAAUGCUGUGUGACUGCUUUGAAGUGGAGAACCUUACCAGUUCCAGGGAGGAGAAGACUGAAGGUGACUUGAAGAUGUUUUGGACACAGUUGGGAGGUAGAAGAGUGGAUGUCAUAUUUGAGCAAGUGCAAAAUGUGCUGCUGUUGCUGAAGCAAAAGAUCAAGAACGGAACUGCCACAAACCAAGAAUGCUGGCAGGCUUGGAUGCUGGUGAAUGAAGCUAAUUUAGGUGAUCUCUUAUCUUUGACAAAUGGAAGUGAUGUGUUUGAUAGAGAUGGUGUACGGGAAACCAAACCCAAAUUGCAGCGUCUUACAGAUGACAACACUGCAGAUUCCCUAGAAGGUUCUCACAGAAAAAAAGAGGAGAUGGAAAAAACAGGUUCAGGGAGUAAAGAAGCAUCUGGUAAAAUUCAAGAUUUACCCUUAAACCUGCAGUAUAAGAAGCACAAGUGCUCUAGUGCUUGUCUUGCCAACAGAUCAGCGGGCUCCUUCAAGGGUGAAAAUCCUCUUAAGAUACCAAUCCUGUUUCACUUUCAAAGGCGCCAUGCAAAAGCGGACUGCCUUUCGAAAUCACUGGAUGUGAAUUAUAAAGCUCCUUGCGGUCGAAGUCUGAGAAGCUUUCAAGAUGUGCAAAAUUAUUUGUUUGAAACGGAGUGCAACUUCUUAUUUGUUGAUCACUUCUCCUUCAACACAUACGUACUGUUGGGCAGGAACACUGUAAAUCCCGAACCCCUUGUGUUCGAUUUUGAUAUUAGCAAUGGAGCCGAGUCUGUGCCUGUUUCUUUCUGUAACGAUCUUGACCGCGCAAGAUUACCUUAUUUCAAAUAUCGGAGGGCAUCGUGGCCACGUGCUUAUUAUCUCAACAAUUUCUCCAGCAUGUUUGUUGAUUCAUGUGACUGCACAGAUGGCUGCAUUGAUAGGUCAAAAUGUGCAUGCCUACAGCUAACUGCAAGAGGCUGUAGUAAAAUUUCUCUGUCUCCGCGUAGUAAAACAUGCCAUGGAUACAGUUACAAAAGACUGGAAGGACCUGUUCCUAGUGGAAUUUAUGAGUGUAGUGUGUUGUGCAGGUGUGACAAGAUGAUGUGUCAGAAUAGAGUUGUACAGCAUGGCAUUCAAGUCAGGUUGCAAGUGUUCAACACAGAAAAGAAAGGCUGGGGUGUCCGCUGCCUAGACGAUAUCGACAAGGGGACAUUUGUUUGCACUUACUCAGGCAGAUUAAUGAGCAGAGCUGAAGUUCAAGUAUUGGGGGAUGCUGGUCAAGGGCUGAAAGAGAAGAGUGCUGUGAAUGACAGAGGCAAUGGCUUUUUUUCCAAAAAAAGAAAACUUGACACUGAUUGUUCAGACUCCGUAAUUGAACUAGUACAGACUGACAAAACUGACAUUCUUGAGAAGCAGCAGUCUUUGUCUCAGACUGUGGAUAAUGAAAAUAAAUUAACCCCAGUUCGUGCAAAGAAUUCAAGUAUUGCAACCGCGAGGAGACCUGGAACUAGAAUAGCUGUUUUUCAUAAUGACCAGCUAAAAAUGGAAAUUGAUACACUGGUGCACGCUGCCAGCUCAGAUGAAGAUAAUAGUUCUCAGAUUCAUCAGUCAAGCAAAACAAAACUAACCAGUGGAACAAAGAAAGGAAAAGAAAAAUCCACUCAUCAGCAGAAGGAAGAACAUCCGAUGGAAAUUAGACGGACUGAGCCUGCUGACGUGGACAGUGCAGAAUGCAAAAAAAAGAGUCUGUCUCUGCAGGGUGUUGAUUGUGGCAAGUCAGGUGUGCUGCGUGACACGUGUGUUGUGGGGCCAUCCAAAAACAUAGCCCUAAAAGCUGACUGCAAAGAGGAGAAUCACAGGCAGUCAAAACAAGAUGCAUUUUGUGAGGAGGCUGAUGGUGACAGGACACUUCUGAAGAAUGCUGAUGAAGAAAAUAUUUAUGUACUGGAUGCCACAAAAGAAGGAAAUGUGGGUCGUUUUCUUAACCACAGCUGCUGCCCAAAUCUCUUUGCACAAAGUGUGUUUGUAGAGACUCACAACAGAAGUUUCCCAUGGGUGGCAUUCUUCACAAACAGGCAUGUGAAAGCUGGAACUGAACUCACGUGGGAUUAUGGUUAUGAAGCUGGAAGCAUGCCAGAGACAGAGAUUUCCUGUCAGUGUGGAGUUCCGAAGUGCAGGAAAAAAACCUUAUAGGCAAAGCUUUCCUGCUGUCAACACAUCACGUACCUGGAGAUUUAUAUGCUGGAAUGGACUUCUGUACAGCGAACAGUACGCUUAAGUCAGUGGUGCUAAUUCUAUUCAACUAAAAUGCCUUUCACCUGAUCAUUUUUUAAAUUUACAUUUAAAUGCCACUUUUGUGGUUUACAGAGUUAGACCUGUUUGUCAUAACAGGCAUCAAACUUCCCAGAUAAUGUCUCUGCUCCUAGUCUUCCACCCCUGCCCCCCUUUUCAUUCACGAAUAAAGUUCUGCCAUCUGCAGCAGAGACAUGACUGAUGCAGGGCAGUGGUUAGUUGAGGUUUUCUGUGCCCUUCCACAAUGCUGAGUUAGCAAAACUCAGUUUUCCGAAACUCAUUAUGAAUGCAAGUCUGCCUGUUUGGAAGCUAAGAAUUAUUAAAAUACAGCUAAGCAUGAUGAAUCCAGCGGGACAGAUAAUCUCGGAGAGAGAUGAGAUUAAUUAGAACAGUUCUGCAGAGCUGUGUUCAUGCUACAAAGUGAGCUGGGCAAGUCCUGCUCCUGCAGGAGAGAAAUGACUGGUUUUUUGUUGGGUUGUGUCCCUCUCCAUGUUUGUGACACAGAGAAAUCCUUGAGAAAUCCAGCGUGCCUCAUUUGAGUGCCGUGUUGGGUAGUGUGGGACAGCUGUGCCACAGAAGUCCUUGCCAUGUGGUUUGUUGGUGAGGGAGAAACAAGCUACAUUAGGUGACACUGAGUAGUGUAGGUGCAGGAGGCGGCUCUGAAAUAGAGCAAGGGGUGAGCGUGCCGAUGUGUGGCUUUUGAAUGUGUUGGAGCCUUCUGUAAAGAAGGUGGUGUCACAGACAGGUGAUUUAGACUUCUUGAAGAACCAGCGCCAAAGGUAUCAACAAAAGUGGUUUUAUUGAAGUAAGAUGUUGUAAAAGUGAUACUUAACAGAGUUCAAUGGCAAGGUUCACUGUUACUUACUGCAGAGUAUAUGAUACUGAUUUAAACUUACCAACACAAAAUCUUAGUGCACUUUAAUACAAGGUUAUAAUGUGUGAUGUCGGUCACUUACCAAAGACCUGCAGUUGGUCAGGGGUCUCAGCCUCAAGGAGUAACCUUGAGAAGUGUCUCAGCUCAAGGGGAGAUCAGCGCCCUGCAGCCAUGCUGCCCAGCAGGCAGAACUCAAAGAAGGUUCACUCAGGCUGUCAUAUUUACGGAAUAAAGUGGUUGGCAUGUUGUCAAAUUACCUGUGCUGGAAAAGGUAAGCAUGAGACUCCUUGUACCCACAAAUUCCUUCAUUCCUUGAUAAAUGAGUCUUGGAAAAACCACCUACUGUUCAUAUGUUAAUCGCAUGGUCGGUGUUCUAGUUUCCAAGCCCAUAUGCAUCAAUGCUCACCAUGUCACCCUGUUCCUGUGAGGGUUUUCAGAGAACAGGUUGGAACUAGAGAAGUUUUUGGCCCAGUUAUAGCCCAGGCCUUUGCUUCUUUUGGAGACUGAACCAAACUACUGCUAGUUUGGUCAAGGAGUCAAGUGUAUCUAUCACAGAUGGAUUUAUAGAAUCAUAGAAUGGUUCAGGUUAGAAGGGACCUUAAAGAUCAUCUGAUUGAAAGCUGGUCCUUACCUUGACUUCACCUUACCUUGACUUCCUGAAUUUGUGGGAGGCCAUGCAUGGCAGAUCAUACAGAAUUGUCUGUUGGUAAUUUGCUCAGCCAUUAGCAGAUUUUGUCAUUGGAUUUCCUAUUUUACAGAGCAGAGGGAAGUACUGUUUGCAAGAGUUAGUGAUGAUUUAGGUAAUCAUAUAUGGGAAUGAAACAUAUGCUGUGAGAGACUGCCGUGGCCACGGAGUAGAGAUUUCAAGCCUACAGCUAUACUGCAAAAUGAAAGAGGAGCAGGAACCAGUUCCUCAGCCCUGAGGCCAAGAGGUAACAGAUGGCUUAUGUCCACAUGGCUUAGGGUUAGCCCUCUUUUGAUUGGGUUUCAUCUCUGCUGUGUAGCUGUAGUGGACAAACAUGGUACCUGUGGCUCUAAGCUGUUUUUUGAGUUUGGUUUGGAUGUGUCAAGCUUAAAAAACAUGGGGUUAUGCUGCAACAGACGAUGCUCUCACAUUUUUCAGCAGUCUCAGCAUGUGUGAGGAAUUUACGCCUGUUAAAAGUGGUCCUUUAACAGAGGUAUCAGACCUGUGAAAUGUUCUGCUCGCAAUGAAGCCUCAGUUCUUCUCUCCCAUCGCCUUGUUUGAGACCUUGGCACAUCCAUCAAGCAAACCUCUCCUUAGUUUUUGUCCCAGUUGUCGCACUGCGGGCUUGUGUGUGGUUUCAUCAUGCAUCGUCAGGGCUAAAUGCAGAAGAGCGAUGUUACCCCCAAUGUUGGUGCAAUACCGCUUCAAAAGGUCAGAGCCACACACUUUUGUCCUGAUCCAUCCCCCUCCACCCCUUUGUCACUGAGGAGCUCCACCGUGUUAUCAGCAGUCAGCAUUCAGCUUGAUUGCUUCUUCCUUCAUUGAAGAUCUGUCUCAGAGGGAACAUAAUAUGCCUUAGGAUAACAUUGUGCAGUGUAAAAACCUCCAGAGACAUACGGAAUGGUGUGGUAAGCCCACUGGUAGCCCAGCAGUGGUGUAAGACUUUCUCCUGGCUUGAGGUAGAACGGAACCAAUUUUCAGUAAUGUUACUUUUCAGUUAAGCCUCUUCUAACUCUCUGAAAUUAACAGUGUACUUUUCAGACAUCUUAUCUAGCAGAUAAGGUCUGAUGUUUCUAGUGAAUACCAAGGCAUGCUAUGCAGAGAGGCUCCUGCCUAUGCUUAUCGCUAUAACAGCCAAUGUCGGCGCACUUUCUUAUUUGCCCCAUUGGAGGGUCGGAGGCGGAAGAGCGUAGAGGGGUCGCACCUGUGGGGAGGAGCGGGCAGGAGAGGUGACCUAAAACUGACCAACAGGGUAUUCCGUGCCACCUGCAUCAUGCUCAGUAUAAAAGCUGAGGGAUCAAAGGGAUCAGGCUCGCUCUUCGCUGGCCGGCAUCCAAGGAGCACUCUGUUCGUCUGCCUUGGAUUCUGAUCCGUGUGUUCUGGAAUCCAGUUCAAGAAUCCAGUUCCCGUCCAUCAUUGAGUCCAGUCUGGGACUUUCCCAGUGCCUGCCGGUGACGUGAUCAUCAUCCCAGGAGAUCGAU